AUGUCGUUGUUGCGUGUCUCAGAUCGAUCGUCGUCCGAAUCCGACGCCAUGCCGAUGACGUCGUCGAACAGCGUCGCGUCCGCUACGGCACCGUCGUCAACCGCCGCCGCCAUUCCGCGCAGCUCGUCCGAUCUCACCGUUCUGCCGGCGGCGUCGCGUUCGCGUUGCAGUCGCGAGCCGUCGCUUCGCGGCUCGUCGUCGCGCAACUCGACGAGCUCGAUGCGCGAACUCCACAUGGUCGGACCGUGUGUGAAUUGCGAGCUCGACUUCAAGUGCUCGUGCUGUUGGCGAUGCUCGCACGUCUCGUUCGCCUAUCUGCCGAGCACGAAACGAAUAAUGGAAUCAAUCGAAUGCGCCGCCGCCGCCGCCGCCGCCGUUGUGAUUUUACGCAUCGUCGUCACCAACCCAUAA